AUGGAGAAGUUAACUGUCAGUGACUUAAAUGUCCAAGAUAAGCGUAUCCUUAUUAGGGUGGAUUUCAAUGUUCCUUUGGAUAAAGAACUGAACAUUACCAACAAUCAAAGGAUUGUUGCUGCCUUAUCAACCAUCAAGCAUGUCUUAGAUAAUGGAGCCAAAUCGGUAGUUUUAAUGAGUCACUUAGGUCGCCCAAAUGGUAAUCGUAAUCCAAAAAUGUCCCUUGCUCCAGUAGCAGGUGAACUAGAGCGCCUUCUUGAGAGGAGUGUCAUUUUCUUAGAUGACUGUGUGGGUCAGUCUGUUGAAGAGGCGUGCAGCAACCCUCGUCAAGGUAGUAUCAUUCUACUAGAAAAUCUACGCUUUCACGUCGAAGAAGAAGGUAAAGGUGUCGAUAGCAAUGGCAAGAAGAUUACAGCCAGCAAAGAUCAGGUUGCUGUCUUCAGAGAAUCAUUAUCUAAAUUAGGCGAUAUCUAUAUUAACGACGCCUUUGGUACUGCUCAUCGAGCUCAUAGCUCCAUGGUCGGUGUUGCAUUAGAACAAAGAGCUGCUGGCUUCUUAAUGGCCAAAGAAUUAAACUACUUUGCUAAAGCGUUGGAAUCGCCUAAGCAACCAUUUCUAGCUAUACUUGGCGGAGCCAAGGUGAAAGAUAAGAUUCAAUUAAUCGAAAAUUUAAUGGAUAAAGUGAAUGAGAUGAUUAUUGGGGGCGGAAUGUCCUUCACUUUCUCCAAAGUAUUAGAUAACAUGCAGAUCGGAAAUUCACUAUUUGAUGCAGAAGGAUCAGAAAUAGUUGAAAAAUUAGUGGAAAAAGCCAAAAGCAAAGGAGUUAAAUUACAUUUUCCUGUGGAUUUCGUCACGGCAGAUGCUUUCUCCCCAGAUGCAGCAACCAGCUCAGCAACGGUAGAGUCCGGUAUACCGGAUGGAUGGCAGGGUUUAGAUUGUGGUCCCCAGAGCAUUGCUAAAUUUCGAGAAGCCAUUAGUCGUGCAAAGACUAUAGUUUGGAAUGGACCUCCUGGUGUAUUCGAGUUCGAAAAAUUUUCUUGCGGAACGAAAGGGGUCAUGGAGGCCGUCGUUGAAGCUACUAAGAAUGGUGCAAUAACUAUCAUCGGUGGUGGAGAUACAGCUACAUGCGCUGCUAAAUUCCGUACUGAAGACAAAGUUAGCCAUGUUAGCACCGGUGGUGGUGCAAGUUUAGAACUGUUAGAAGGAAAAAAUCUACCGGGAGUUGCCGCUCUAUCUAGCAAGUUAUGA